GAUAACAGUGUGUACACCAGGAAGUGUUGCUAGUCGUCCUUCUAAGUAGCAUGGUCCCUUUAAAUGGGAAGCUGUAGCUUUAAGAUACCAUGUUAAUUAGCAAUUAGAAGUUGAUUAAUGUUACGGGUGCAGGAAGUUUGUCCUGCUGGGGCUCGGCGGGUUCUAGAACACAGUGUGUGAGACAAUCUGCAAUUACUGGAAAGGCGUGAUUGAUCAGAAAGGAAGUUAUGGCAGAUCAAAGCACGGAGGAUGGAAUACCCAUGGAGGGUAUAAUACCUGAGGGAGAGAUGACCGUAAUCAUGCACCUUUAUCCAGUACCACAAAGUGAAUCCGAUACAGAAGAAGAGGUGACUCCACUAAACGUUGGUCCGUUAAAAUACUCCACAACACUGACUAAUCGGCAGCGUGGGAACAUGGUAUCAGUACUGCCAGCAACGUUGGAUUCACUGUCUGUACAUCAGCUGGCAGCACAAGGAGAACUGUCCCAGUUGAAAGACUAUCUACAGAAAGAUGAGACCUUGUUAAAUCGACAAGAUGAGCGAGGUUUUACACCACUGAUGUGGGCUGCUGCUUUUGGAGAAAUAGAGACUAUCCAACACUUACUGGAUAUGGGGGCUGAUCCUCACAUUUUGGCAAAGGAAAGAGAAAGUGCCUUGUCCCUUGCGAGUACCGGAGGGUAUUCUGAUAUUGUGACGUUGCUGCUUAAAAAGGAGGUGGACAUCAAUAUAUAUGAUUGGAAUGGAGGAACGCCUUUACUGUAUGCUGUGCGGGGAAAUCAUGUGAAAUGUGUGGAAGUUUUGCUAGAACACGGGGCUGAUAUAACUAUGGAAGCAGAUUCAGGAUAUACACCCAUGGAUCUCGCUGUGGCUCUAGGUCAUAAAAAAGUUCAACAGGUCAUCGAAAAUCAUAUUCUGAAACUUUUCAAGAGCAAAGCAUGAUGGAUGAACCAGAAAUCAGGCAAUGACUAGGACUAUUUCAGAUGAAAGUUGUCACAGGGAGCUGCGGACAGACUUGCUGUAAUUGCACAGUAUUAUAAAACAGCAGAGCCAAUCAUGUUGCUGUUCCUUUCUAUGGUAGUGAAUGAGUUCUGCUGGAAAAGUAGUGUAAAUUUAUAUUUUCUUAAAACACAAAUAUUCCAAUCGCA